AUUAUUUUCUCUCUCGUGGAAAACACGAGGAAAUUCCUUUUGCAAACAAUACAUCACCAUCGUACCUUUUUGCCAAAAGAUUUUAUUUUAUUUAUAUUUUACGCGAGACCAUUUCCCUCAAGAGAAUGAACAAGAAGAAAAUGUAGUAAUUGUGAAAAAGAUAAGAAUCGGGGACAAGUCAGUCAAUCAAGACUUGAGAGUUUUUCUUGUACAAGAAAAGCUGCGUGGAAACUGCCGUCAAUUUUGAGAAAUUUCUGGGCACAACACACAUCUUCCCCGCUGCCUCUGGGAGGCUAAAAGAAAAUUACCAGGGCAUAAAUUAGAGACAAUUGCGUACCAAUAAGAGGAGCAUAAGAAGGGUAAUUGGGUGAGAAUUUGCCAGAGAAAAGUGAGGAAAAGCUGAAAAAAAAUGUUCAAAGAAAAAUUUUCCGUUUCAUUUGGCGGGAAACACCGAAUGGGGCGCGAUGUGGGAAAGUGAGGAAAACUGCUGGGAGGUGAGAGGAGCGGAAUUGGGGAUUUUAUAAAUAGAUCCCAUCGCGGAGAAGAUCUCUUCAGUCGCACCGUGGCUUUUCGUGUGUGUGCUGAAGUGUGAUUGCUUACCUCGAAAAAUAUACAAAGUGAUGCAGCCUGAAUUUGAGGUGCUCCGCAGUGAAGAAUUGGGGCGCUACGGGGUGGCCAGUAGGGAUCUCAAAGCAGGAGAAAUCCUUCAUACGGAAACCCCAAUGGUUGUGGGUCCAAAGCAGGAUUCUGCUGUUGUCUGCCUCGGGUGCAAUAUCUUUCUCGAUGGCACUUCAGCUGGUCCACGAUGCUCCACAUGUGGAUGGCCACUCUGUCCGGAAUGUGAUGACUCCCAGGCACCACUGCAUCGGGCUGAAUGUCGUGUCUUUGCGAAGAAUCGUGUAAAAUUCCAGAAUUUACCCAAAGAAGCCAUGGUGUGCCUUCAACUCGACUGCAUCACCCCGCUGAGGCUUCUCCUGGCCAAGGAAGCCGAUCCACAGCGUUGGGAACAGGAAGUGGCACACAUGGAGUACCACGAGGAAGCACGGAAGCAAACACAAACGUGGAAAGUCGACGAUACGAAUAUUGUGAAGUACCUCCGGGGUCCGUGCAAACUCACACGCUUCCCGGAAGCUCUCAUCCAGCAAGCCUGUGGCAUCCUGGAGGUGAAUGCAUUUGAAGCACAUACAGUUAGUGGGAAUCCCGUGAGGUGUGUCUUCCCGAAACUUGCCAUCUUUGCACAUUCCUGCGUGCCAAAUCUCACGCACAGCAUCUCCCUCGAUGGCACCUUCCGGAUGGACUGUCGUGCCGCCGUGGACAUCCCCAAGGGUGGAAUGCUCUACACAACGUACACCUUCACCCUCACGGGCACAAAAGAGCGCCAGGUGCACCUCCGUCGGGGGAAAUACUUCACCUGUCACUGCCCCAGAUGCGUCGAUCCCACGGAAUUGGGAACAUUCUUCAGUUCCCCCAAAUGCACCUCCUGCUCCGAAGGGUAUCUCAUCUCAACGGAUCCCUUGGAAGCAUCAUCCCCCUGGCUGUGUACAUCCUGCAAAAUCUCCACACCAUUUGCCCAAAUCAGUGAAUUCUUGACCAAAAUUGAGGAAGAUAUUGCUGCCCUGAAAGCCAAACCUGUCUCCAGGACAAAGCUAAUUGAAGCUGAGAAACUCUUCAAGCACUACUUGACCUUCCUCCAUCCCAAUCACUACCUCCUCGUUACCUUCCGGGAAUUGCUAAUUGAAAUGCUUGGCCACGUUGAGGGAUGUGGCCUCAAUGGUCUCCCCGAAAUACUUUUGCAGCACAAAAUCCACCUAAUUCAGGGAGUUCUCACCAUCCUUGACACCUUUGAACCCGGCAUGACACGUGCCAGAGCUAUGAUGCUCUUUGAACUCCAUGCCCCUCUGGCAGUUCUAGCCAGGAAGCUUUUCUUUGGCAAAAAAAUCACCGCUAGUGCCUUCCGGGAGAGACUUCAGGAGGCAGCAAGUGCCGUUGGUCAGGCAUACGAAGUUCUCAAGUGGGAGGAUUGUAGACUCUCCGAAGGCGUGUUGGCGUCUAUCUGCAAGAAUACCCACACACAGCUCCUCAAUGAUAUUGCAGACAUCACGGAGGAGGAGGAAUAACUCUUUAUUAAUUCUUCCGCCUAUUGACACGAAAAUAUUUCUUGGAAUCCUUCGUGUUGCGCUUCCGUCCACCGCGGUGACGAUUCUUCGGGCAAUCCCUGGCCAGAUGAUCAACACCCUGGCACUGAUUGCAACUCCCACCAUCUGGGUAGAUGCCAUUGCUAUUUUUAGGGCAUUGCUUCGAGAUGUGACCCUGAAAAUCAAAGGAAAACAGAGAAAUGUGAAAAGAAGAAAAAUGUGGUGAUAGUAUCACUACUAAAAUAAGUAGUUCAGGUGAUAGUUGUGAGAAUUUUUCAAUUAACAGGCAUUUAAAGAAAUUUGUAUUUUUUUCCUAAAAUUUAUUAAAUAAAAAGAAUUUAAAAACAAAACAAAAGAAUAAAUUAAAUUUCUUCUGUGUGAUAAA